GUGAAGUUAUAUGAACCGAUUGUAAAUUGUAUAUUUCUACAAUGACAUUGGCGCAUCGUGCGCUCUUCACGUGGUUCAUACUACUGGUCUUUCUUAUACUGCUUUGCCUACGCCUUGAUCCUCGUACAACAUGGAACUGGUUUGUGACGUUCAUACCGCUGUGGAUUUUCGACGGUAUUCUUGUAAUUUAUGUUAUCAUCAAGAUUAUUCGGAAGUGGCGCAACCUAAAGCGUCUACGUGAGCUGCUCUUACUAUACAAAUGGAAUAUUAGUGGAGUGCUUUUGACAAUUAGUUCGCAACUGUUUAUCUGCCUUACUCUAGAGUUUCCGCAGGCAAUACCCAUCUAUGUUACUAUGCUGCCCAUAUCUACGCUUCUUCUUCUCGCCAUUAUCUAUGUAGCCGGACGAUUGCGAAAGCGUGAAGGAUGGUUGUUAUAAACUUGCCCAUUAUAUAUUCUUAAAUAUUAACAUAAGUAAAUAUUUAUUCUAAGUGUAAAUACAAUUAAAUAUAUAAUUAAAAGCCGUA